GCAGCUGAAAGGUCACAUGACUUUUACCUCAAAUUCAAAAGGCACGGUGCUGAGGUUUGUUUUAGAAACCCUGUCGGCGUUUACAUCGGUAUUAUUACUAAUUUUGACCCUUGAAGCCGUAAAAUCUAUCACAAUGUCUUCUGCCCAAGCAAGGUUGAGAGCAACUUCAGCGGGGUACCGCUUUCCUGAAGCAACAUGGAGAAAUACUCCUACAAACCCGAGUAUGUACCACGAGAAGUGUACGCCGAAAAGCUUGAAGGAGCGCGUAAAAUCUGCUCCACCAAGAACAUUUUCCGAGAGAGAAUACGCUAGAUGUGAUGUUGUUAAAGAAGAUGAAAUAUGGAAAAAUCAGUGUAGGAAUGAAGGAAAGAUGACAAGGAAGUGGGAAGAAAACUGGGGAUUUUUGAAGGAUUUUGAUCCUAAGGGAAGACCCAAACCUAAAAAAGAACUACCAGCAGAGGUAUCAGUCUUUUCUAAACAAUCUCCAAACACUACAAACCAAAAUAUUGGUCGUCGUGUGAAAAGCGCCCCUGCAAGAUCCAUGCAAAGACUUGAGCGAUUAACAGACUAUAGGAUACGCAGGAACAAAGAACUCUUUAUCAGUGAAUGAAAGAUAAGGCUCCUAAUCCAAACAGCAUUACAUAGUUUAUUAGAAGUUUUAUAUUUUUAUUGUACAUAGGUGCCAAAAAUAUUUAAUUGUUAGCUCUCAUGAAUUCAAAAGAUUUGAAGGGUGCAAUCUUUGGAAUAUAUACACCCUUGAAUGGGAUCAUGUAUACCAUAUACUAGGUACAGAAGAGAUAAUACUACAAUAUCCAGCAGUUACAUUUAGAGAACUAUUACAUUUAGACAGGAGCCAUGGCAACAGAAAAAUCACACAAUUUUUUCGUAAAUUCAAAUUAUCACUCACAUUACUCCAAGUGUCAGGCCUUUUUUUCUUUCCCUGUAAAGUAUAUACCAAGAAAAAUAAAUUCGCCUGAUACUCAGGCUACAUUGUCAUCAGCUUCUAGGUAUGAAACGACUUGCAUUAAGAAAUCAUGACUUGGGUGUCCUACUUGUGUGUGCUCCAGCUGUAAGAGGCAAAUAUUAAGAACAACAAAAAAAAUUUUUAACACUAACAAGCCAGAAAGGGCAUCUUUUUAUUGAAAUUUUAUUGUCACUGUUUGAUAUGAUGGCACAGCUAUUUCUAUGUUAAUUUUGACUUGAAUUGGCCACUUAAAAUCAUAUGAUUUCUUAGUGCAUGUCACUGAUUUUGGAUAGUCUAAAUGGGAAACUCAUACCUCUGGAUCCAAAGAAAUUUGUGUCUGCCAGUUGGCAAUGGAAAUAGAACAGGCUAAAAAGAUUAGCCAUUAUCACUCUACCAGCCAACCAUAUUUGCCACUGAAAAAUCUAACAUAAUAAAUACAGUAUCUUGUGUGCUUUUGAUGCAGAAUUUCAU